AACACUUAUCGGGGCCAAGUUAUCAGCUGGAGGCGCGCACGGCGGAACUCGUCUCGCGGAAUUAUGAGCGGAGCACAGGCUGCCUCUGUCGCCCUGUCCUGAGCCCAUGCCCGUUCCACACCGCGAGAAAUCGGCACCGAACACGAUGGACACUGGAGUCCGCAUUUUCUUGCUUUUCCUCCUCCACCAGACUUUUGUGAUUGGCCGACAGGAAGGACAACGUGAGGGCUGUGUCCCGGGUUUCCAGGUCAAACAAUACCAGGUGGCAUUUAGAACUUUCCAGAAAGGCCUGCCACUUCUGCAAGUUGAAUUUGAUGAUUGUGCUGGCAAUGAGGAUGUGGCCUUUGAAGUGUCUGAUACCAGCUUCCGCGUCGACAACCACCUGAAUUUGGUGCCUCUGCGAGACGUCACAUACAGGGGGCCGGUCAUAUUCAUCCACGGGAUUAGUGCUCGUGCAGAUGACAUGGCACAGGUGGACAUAACUGGGCAACUGCUCGAGUCCCCGCAUGCUCUCAAGAUCCUGAAUCUGCCACAUCGAUUGAAAAGAGCACUGCUGGUUCCGCCGAUGAUUGUCACUGAGAACCAGAGAGCCCCAUUCCCAAGGAUUAUUGGCAGGUCUCAUGUGAUCUCAACAGAGAAGUCGUGGGACCAUAUUUUUCGACUGACAGGCCCUGGUGCUGACCAGGACCCCAAAGGUCUCUUUAUUAUUGACAUAGACACAGGAGACGUGUCAGUCACUCGCUCACUAGACCGUGAGGUCAUCGAUUCAUACCAGCUGGAAGUGUCGACCACAGACCUAAAUGGAAACCUUGUUGAGGGACCAGUGAUACUCGUCAUUACCGUCAUCGAUCAGAACGAUAACCGCCCCAUAUUCAAAGAGACACGCUACACUGGCGAGGUGCUCGAGGGAUCGUCUACAGGAACCACAGUGAUGACAAUGACGGCGUUUGAUGCAGAUGACCCCGCUACAGAUAACGCCGCUUUGCGCUACAUCAUCAUCCGACAGUCACCAGACAAACCAUCUCCGAACAUGUUCUACAUCGACGCAGAGAGAGGUGACAUUGUCACUGUCAUCUCGCCUACUUCACUUGACAGAGAGACACUGCCAACCACCACAUAUGAGCUUGAGAUUGUGGCCAAAGACAUGGCAGGAAGUGAGGUGGGCCUGACAGGAACAGCCACAGCUACAAUUACUAUUACAGACAAGAACGACCACGCUCCAGAGUUCACACAUCCACUGUUUGAAGCCUAUGUAUAUGAGGGCUCAGCAGGUGUUGUGGUUAACCUGACAGUAGAUGAUAGAGAUGACCCAGCUACCGGGGCCUGGAGGGCUGUGUACUCCAUAAUCAAUGGCGAUCCCACACGGAGCUUCAAGAUCCAGACCAACCCAGACAAUAAUGAGGGAAUGCUUUCAGUUGUCAAGCCUCUGGAUUACGAAGGCACGGCGUUUCACAAGAUUUUCAUCAAGGUGGAGAAUGAGGACCCCCUGGUUCCUGAUGUUGGUUAUGGCGACAGCUCCACAGCAACUGUUCAAGUCAAAGUUUUAGAUAUCAACGAGGGACCGGUCUUCUUCCCCGAUCCACUGAUUGUCACAAGGAUGGAAAACAUUCCCGUGGAAAGCUUUGUAGCCUCUCUAAAUGCCACUGACCCAGACAGAUUACAGCUACAGAAUGUCAGGUAUGCCAUAUUGCGAGAUCCAGCAGGCUGGCUGACUGUGAACCAACUGCGAGGAACUGUCAACACUUUGGCCUCUCUGGAUCGUGAAUCUCCUUAUGUUCAUGACAAUAAAUACACUGCUGUGUUCAUUGCCACCGACAACGGCAGUCCUCCAGCGACAGGUACUGGCACGUUGGUCAUCCACCUGGAAGAUUACAAUGAUAAUGCACCCUUUGUGGUACCGUCAGUAGCACGGGUCUGUGAAGAUGCACAUGAUAUGAAUGUGGCCAUAGUUGGGGGGAGGGACAAGGAUCUACCACCCAACGGGGCGCCCUUCAAGAUAGAACUGGGGAAACAACUGGGACUAGAUAAAACCUGGAAAGUUACCAGUGUCAACUCCACACACUCCCAAAUCAUGUUGCUGCACAGUCUGAAGACAGCCAAUUAUCAGUUGCCAUUGCUCAUCACUGAUUCAGGGGUGCCUCCUUUGUCCAACAACUCAGAGGUCAAAGUUCAGGUCUGCGUCUGCAAGAAGAACAAGAUGCUCUGCAGCUCAGCCCACUCACACCAAGCCAGCCUUCUCAUCAUGCUCGCAACGUUGAUGCUUGCCCUACCUUGCCUGUAACAUCUGCAAACUGGUCCAGUUUGAAAUUCCGGAAAACAACAAAUUAUCUCCCGCAUACAACGCUGGCUCAGAAAUGGAAGGAGAAGUCUUCACGCCAUGACAAAUUAGACAUGACAAUGGACUCAAUCCCCUCAAGCUCAAUUGCUCUGUAAAAAAAAAACGAAAACGAAAAAAAAAAUCACUUUUCUCGCAAUACUUGGCUGCUUUUCUUCAUCGCUGCUCUCCUUGACACACAACUCCUUCCCACAUAAUACACAUCUUUACUCUGUCUAACUGCCUUUAGCAUUCUGUUCUUGGUCCAGACUUACACUACCCU